AUGGGUGAUCAGUGGCACACCGCCAAGGGCGACCUACAAUGGAUGCACGGUCCCCGCGUCAACGCCACGCGGAUCAGGGCGUACAUUCUGUCAACCGCGAGGCAGCAUGGUAUUGCUAAGGCCGAGGAGCUCGAGGAGCUGAAUCCCGACGUCCGUGUCCAGCCCCUGAAGCCGACAACCGUUUCGAUGCUGCUCAUCCGCAUCAAAGCGCUCCAGACAGCCUGCAAGGUCGAGGGGACGCUCUUCGGGGUGAAAGAGCUCCACAUCAUGUACGACAUCUUCGAGGUCCCCUCGGAGGUGCGCGCGAUGGUCAGAGAGAAGUGGCACAGGGACGACAGGGAUUGCGUCGACCGGCACCGCGGAACGCUCGGCGACACGUACACCACCGACCAGAUCCGCCACCUCAUGUUCAAGGUCUUGCCGACCUGGGCAGCUCGGGCGUACAAACCCAAGGCGGCCACCCCCUCCCAGACACUGUGGAAGUUCCUGCUCAUGAAGACGAUGACCCUCUUGGGUCACCACACCCUUCUCCGCGGAGCCAGUCUCCAAGCGAUCGAGCUCCCCGACCUGUUUUUGUACAGAAUGGGGAACGCGUCGCCCGAGCACUCCACGCGACGGCCGGUUGUCUUGGUCGUCGCGUCACGAAACUCCAAGACGAACAAGGAUGCUCGUCUGCAUCACAGCUACGCGGCGAGACACCUGGACCAAGAGAUGUGCGCCGUCGGUCACACACUGUUGUGGCUGCACUUCGUGUACGACCAGCUGAGCCGCUCGCCCACCUCUCGAUGUGUGCCGCCCCUCGACUUCACAACUCCGUACAGCUGGUAUCACAAGCACCUCUUUCAUGCUCGGAACGACAAGGCACAAAAAGAGCUGCCGGCUUCAUCUCAUUCUCGGAUCACGAAAGAGAUGUGGCGGGCGAACAAGAUCUUCAUCACGCGCAACACCCACGCCGCCCGGGCGGGUGGGGCACAGGAGCUGGCCGACGACGGCGUUCCGCGAUCUGACAUCGCCGACUUGGGCCACUGGGCGCUCGACAAGCUCGCGAAGAGCUACAUCACGACCAUCCCGAAGGCGGCGGUGUUGAGAAAGGCCGGCUACACGGGCAAGCGCGGCGACUACCACCUCGGCCGGAGCAUGGUGAAGCCCGACGACAAGGUGGUGGCCCUCAUCGCCCAGCACAUCUUUCCGUGGGCGGAAGCGGAACUGGCCAAGGUGAGCAUUUCGGACGGCAAAAACGCCGACAACCCGCCGACCAUUUCCACGACAACAUUCUACCGACGGCUGAUUGUGUUUGUGAUUGUGUUCGACUUGCAGGCGGUAAGGUGCGCAUCCGCGAGAGAGCCCAACACGGCCGGGGUGCACUUCCUGCAAUCGCUCAUCGAGUUCGGCCGCCGAAUCGUCGCCGAGGAUCUUGCAUGCAUGCUGAUGCGCGAACCGUGGCACCCGUACGUCCAGAGUUCCAAGCUCUGCCGCGACCCCGACUUCCAGAAAUGGGCCAAGGACGUCAACCGGGUGGACCUCGAAACCAUCGCGACGCGCAGUACUCCGAGCGAGAACCCCCAAGAGGAAUUCAGCGCGCUAGUCGACGCCGAAUAUCAGGUCGACCAGCUCACCAUGAUGCUGCACCGCCAGAGGGAGGAUGCCGCGAUCGAGAAGCUUGAGAUGCAGAAGAAGUUGGAGGAGAAGGACGCGGAGAUCGCGAAGUUGAUGGAGGCUCUCAAGCUGGCCGAGGCACGGCCGACGCCGACUGCGCCGGCACCGUCAAGGCCGAUGACCGCCGCCGAGAAGGCAGCGUCCGUCAAGAUCGAGAAGGAGCAGGACGAUGACCUGACGUACGAGGUCAACGUCGUGCAUCCCUGGUGCACAUCCAAGACGGUCGAGGCUACAUGGCGCUGGUGGAACAACCCGUCCAACUUCGACUCGCGUCCGUUGCGCGAACGUUACGACGAGCACAGAUUCCUCGUCAGACACACGCGCAUGAUCUGCAAGGUCGAAAAGGGCGACAGACCCGCCGCGUCGGCGAAGUCGGCGAAGAGCUCUCGUCCCACGACCGAGGUGGGUGAGACGGGGAAAAACGAUGCGCUGCAGCACUGCACUCGCCGGAUGAGGAGGAUCAUGGAAGCGGUGCACGACUUGCGGCGGAGCGACGACGCCGCUGACACUGCCGCCGUCAUCAAGCUAUUUGACCACCUGGGGCGAGCGGGCCUUUCCACUUUCAGCGACGCGCUCUUGGUCCUCCGUGCAACCCCGCCCAUCAAGGUCCCCACCAUAGCCGACGGAAAGUCGGUCGGCAUCAAGGGUCUGGACAAGCCGCUGGCGAGGAAGCUCGCCGUUGCGUGGGGCGUGGUCACGGCGGGCUAA